UUACUUGGGGAAGACUAUAAGAUCUCAUCACAUUGUUGGGAAAGAUCGAAAGUAAUUUCUUCCCUCAGAAGUAAUAGCACCGAAAUCUUUGGUCGACGGGUUGCAAGAGUGGGAUCUGACUUGCAUAGAGACUGGAGUUUUCUAGGAGGUUCAAGAAUUGUCAUCCAUCCAAAACUUACUAAUUUCCUCGUCUAUCGAAAAAGCUCAGGAGUAAAUGCAUCAUGGUUGACAAGUUCUCAGAUCGCAAGCAGUGUUUUUACUUUGGGAACAGCAGCUGUUCUCCCAUUUUACACACUUAUGGUUGUAGCUCCUAAAGCUGAAGUGACUAGAAAGUCUAUGGAAAGUAGCAUUCCAUAUGUUGUCCUGGGACUUCUGUAUGCAUUUCUAUUAUACCUGUCUUGGACACCUGAGACAAUACAUCUGAUUUUUGCGAGCAAAUACUGGUUGCCAGAGCUGCCUGGUAUAGAAAAGACUUUCUCCAGUGAGAUGACAUUAGCUUCAGCAUGGAUUCAUUUGUUAGUUGUAGAUCUAUUUGCUGCAAGGCAGGUGUUUGAUGAUGGACUAGAAAACGAAGUUGAGACUCGGCAUUCAGUUUCUCUUUGCCUGCUCUUUUGCCCGAUUGGAAUCGUCACUCAUGUCAUCACUAAAGCACUAACCAAAAGUGCCGGAACUAGUAGACAUGGCAUGUAAUUCAUGAUUGACUGGUGCUGAAAUAAUCAAAUCAAUUUGUAGGGUGCUGGAAAAAAAAAUGGAUUUCCCUAUGUGAAAAAAAUACUACGGAUCAAAUCAGCCUUUCAUGAA